GUUCCAGGGCAGACCUGCGGGUCCAGAUAAGACCCGAGGCCGGGUCCAGAUAAGACCCGAGGCCGGGUCCAGCAGACCGGAUAUAAACAAACAUCAGCUGUUUUUAAACUGAGUCUGCUGUUUGUCACGUGACUCGAGGUCAACGUCAAAGAUGGCGUUAGCAGAGGCGGGCGGCCUGAAGCAGUGUCGACAGGCUCAGGAUCAGCUGGAGGACGCCAUCAGCGGCGUGAUGAAGGCCGAGCAGCUGCUGAGGGAGAACACAAGAGAGGUGCGUGCUGAGCUGCAGAGCUGUGUGAGUCGUCAGCAGGAGGCGCUGCGGUGCAGAGAGGUGUGGCUGCUGGGACAGAUCGAGCUGCUGGAGCAACUCAAGACCGAGACUCUGCAGAACCAGCUGACCCAGCUCUACCAGCUCCGAGGUCAGUUUGACGUCAUCGUCCAUCAACUGCAGAACUCGAACAACAACAACGACCUGAACAACCAGCUGACGAGCUGCAUGGAGAAGUUGUCCUCUCUCAGUCUGACUCCUGAAGAAACUCCCGAGAUGAGUUUCAGCGCUGACACUCGGUCUCUGAGACAGGCCAUCACCUCGUUUGGGAACAUCACAGCUCAGCUUGUGGAGGGUGUGUCCUCUCAGAGCCCCGCCCACCAGAGAGGUCAGGUGCAGAACUGUCCAAUCACAGCUAAGAGACAGAGGACGGAGGACCAAGCUCUGGACCACUGGCUGAUGGGAACCCGUCCAGCCAGCGGCGCUCUGAUUGGUUACCAGUCCAGCAAGCACCCUCAGGAUUGGUUGAUGACAGGCAAGGAGAGCAAGACUUCCUGUCCCGCCCUGGUGUCCAUGGACUUCCUGCAGGCCUGGGGUCAGCUGAAGGACCUGGAGGCGUGGCUCCUUCAGGCCCCGCCCCCGGUCGGCAGGGCGAGGACCAGUAGCAGCUGUAGCUCCUCCUUCUCCAUUGAGAAGAUCGACGAAUCAGAGUUCACCGUCUCUGAGGAGGAGGAGGAGCUCAGUGACUGGCUCAUCACCCCUCCCACCAUCACCAUGGAGACGGCAUCCGAUGCCGAGCGGUGGCGGCGUGUGCUGAAGCCGUUUGACGACAACUGGUCGUCCAGUGAUUGGCUGGCUGGGUCAAGCCGUCCCGCUGACUGCUCCUCCUGCUGCCAGACCACCGACAAGCCCGUGGAGAUCGAGAACCUGGGCCUGCUCAAGUGCCUGAAGACCCCGCCCACCUCCAGCCCUGCCUCCAACCCAUCCACGGCCCUGGAGGCGUGGCUGCAGCAAGCGGUGCCGGUCCAGCAGACCUGCCGGGCCAACGAGCUGUGCUCCACCUACGCCGACUGUGUCUGCGACGACAACUGUGGGCGGGACGCUCUGAGCCAAUGGCUGCUCCAACAGGAUGGGCGAGACAAGAACGGGGUCCAAAAGACCCCGCCCCCCACCAAGGACGCCCCGCCCCCCACCAAGGACGCCCCGCCCCCCCUGCAUCUGAGGGAGCAGGAGCAGAAGGUUCAGGCCAUCCUGGAGGCGUGGCUUCACCCCACCACCAGCCCCUCCCCCUCAUGUAGCCCCUCCCUCUCCGAGUGGGUGGCCCCAAAAGAGGAGAAGGCCAGCAGGGAGGAGCACAGGAGGAGCAGGGAGGAGCACAGCAUCUCGUCCUCCUCGUCUCUGUUCCAGACUCCUCUGGAUCCAGAACUCUGGGUCCUCCCAGGACAGACAGCGGGGUCAGGAGGUCAGCCCCGCCCACCGCCGGGGUCAGGGGGUCAGCCCCGCCCACCGCCAGAGGAGGACAAAUGGCUGCUGAAGAAGAGGAGCCAGGCUCAGGAGCGCUUGGCGUUGCCCGCCGUGUGUGACCUGUUCUCCUGCAUGAGGGUGGGUGGAGACAAAGAGAAGUGGCUGCACAGAGCAGCUGAACAGAUGUGACGAUGACGAUGAUGUCAUGAUGAUGUCAUGAUGACGACAUCUCUUCACUUCUCGAUGAUCACAACAAUCUAACCGUCGCGCCUUCUUCCUGUGACAUCACUCAGCUGAGCGGCCGCUCUCCUCCAGUCAGGAUCAAGAACCUCGAUCAGCUGAUCCUGGCAGCAGGAGAGGGGGCGGGGUUAUAUUAUGUGGGCGGGGCUAAAGAUAUUAAUGACGCUUUGUUGGCUUUUAACGUUUUUAUUCACCGCCUCCUGAUUGGAGGAUUCUUCCUUUUCGUCUUCUUUGUUGGUUUUUCCAGCUGCUGGACUGUAGAGGUCUACUUCCUGUCCGGACUGCAGGCUGCUUGCAUCACUUCCUGUCUCUGAUGGUAGUUCUGCACAUGCUCAGUUGUGUUUAGAUAACCUCCAACCAGCAGAGGGCGACGCCCCUCAUCUGAAGCUUUUGUCUCCCAGAAUGCCUUGGGUGAAGCAGCCUGUGGUCCGUUAGCAGACGGGUCACGUGACUCUGCGGUCAGCAGUGAUUGGUGCUUUUUAUCGACGCUCUGGGUGGGAGGGGCUUAUACAACUGUGAUGUCAUCAGUUCUCUGUUCCUGCUGUGAUUCUCUACAGUAAUUAAACAUGCUGACAUCAUCA